CCCCCUGUCGGAAGCUUCAGCUCAGAGUAGGGAAAGCGGCCGCAGAGCCCGCUCCACCCCGCUCGCUGGCCAGGCCGUGGGCUCCUGCUCCGGGCCCGGGACCACCCGCUGUGAAUUCGAGAUGAGCGUCCCUGACUAUAUGCAGUGUGCUGAGGACCACCAGACCCUCCUGGUUGUGGUCCAGCCUGUCGGGAUCGUAUCCGAAGAGAACUUCUUCCGCAUCUACAAGAGGAUCUCCUCUGUGAGCCAGAUCAGCGUGCGGGACUCACAGCGGGUCCUGUGCAUCCGCUACCGGCAUCACUACCCUCCCGAGAACAACGAGUGGGGCGACUUCCAGACGCACCGUAAGGUCGUGGGCCUCAUCACCAUCACCGACUGCUUCUCCCCCAGGGACUGGCCGCAGACCUUUGAGAAGUUCCACGUGCAGAAGGAGAUCUAUGGCUCCACCCUCUACGACUCCCGGCUCUUCGUGUUCGGGCUGCAGGGGGAGGUGGCCGAGCAGCCGCGCACCGACGUGGCCUUCUACCCCAACUACGACGACUGCGACUCGGUGGAGAAGAGGACUGAAGACUUCAUCGAGUCGCUCUUCAUCGUGCUUGAGUCCAAGCGCCUGGACAGAGCCACAGACAAGUCCGGGGACAAGAUCCCCCUGCUUUGCGUCCCAUUUGAGAAAAAGGACUUCGUGGGGUUGGACACAGACAGUAGACACUAUAAGAAGCGGUGCCAGGGACGCAUGCGGAAACAUGUGGGGGACCUGUGUCUUCAGGCCGGGAUGCUCCAGGACUCCCUGGUACAUUACCACAUGGCCGUGGAACUGCUCCGCUCCGUGAAUGACUUUUUGUGGCUUGGAGCUGCCCUGGAAGGGUUAUGUUCUGCUUCUGUCAUCUAUCACUAUCCUGGUGGAACUGGCGGUAAGACUGGAGCGCGAAGGUUUCAGGGUAGCUUAUUUCCUGCUGAAGCGGCCAACAGACAUCGCCCAGGGGCACAGGAAGUUCUCAUUGAUCCAGGUGCCCUCACCACCAAUGGCAUAAACCCUGACACCAGUGCUGAAAUUGGGCGUGCCAAGAACUGUCUUAGUCCCGAAGACAUCAUUGAGAAAUAUAAAGAGGCCAUUUCCUAUUACAGCAAGUAUAAGAACGCUGGAGUGAUUGAGUUGGAAGCGUGUGUCAAAGCCGUACGUGUUCUCGCCAUUCAGAAGCGGAGCAUGGAAGCAUCAGAAUUUCUUCAGAAUGCAGUUUACAUUAAUCUUCGCCAGCUUUCUGAAGAAGAAAAAAUUCAGCGGUACAGCAUCCUCUCUGAGCUCUACGAGUUGAUUGGUUUCCAUCGCAAGUCGGCGUUCUUCAAGCGUGUGGCUGCUAUGCAGUGUGUGGCCCCCAGCAUCGCGGAGCCUGGGUGGCGGGCCUGCUACAAGCUUCUGCUGGAGACGCUGCCUGGCUAUAGCCUGUCGCUGGACCCAAAAGACUUCAGCAAAGGCGCGCACAGAGGCUGGGCGGCCGUGCAGAUGCGGCUGCUCCACGAGCUGGUCUACGCCUCGCGGAGGAUGGGGAACCCUGCGCUCUCCGUCCGGCACCUGUCCUUCCUGCUGCAGACCAUGCUGGACUUCUUGUCGGAUCAGGAAAAGAAAGAUGUGACUCAGAGCCUAGAGAACUACACAUCCAAGUGUCCCGGGACGAUGGAGCCCCUCAUGCUCCCAGACGGGCUCACGCUGCCCCCCGUGCCCUUCACCCGGCUCCCCAUUGUCAGGCAUGUGAAACUGUUGAACCUUCCUGCCAGCCUUCGGCCACAGAAAAUGAAAAGCUUGCUGGGUCAGAACAUGUCGACCAAGAGUCCUUUCAUCUACUCUCCCAUUAUUGCCCACAGCCGCGGAGAGGAGCGCAACAAGAAAAUAGAUUUCCAGUGGGUUCAAGGAGAUGUGUGUGAAGUUCAACUGAUGGUAUAUAACCCAAUGCCAUUUGAACUCCGAGUUGAAAACAUGGGGCUCCUCACCAGUGGAGUGGAGUUCGAGUCUCUCCCUGCAGCACUCUCCCUCCCAGCUGAAUCCGGUCUUUACCCAGUGACACUCGUCGGGGUCCCGCGGACGACGGGGACAAUCACUGUGAAUGGUUACCAUACCACGGUCUUUGGCGUCUUUAGCGACUGCCUUCUGGAUAACCUCCCGGGAAUUAAGAGCAGCGGCUCCACCGUGGAAGUCGUCCCUGCUCUGCCGAGACUGCAGAUGAGCACCUCCCUGCCCAGAUCUGCACAUUCAUUGCAACCUUCCUCUGGCGAUGAAAUAACUACUAAUGUGUCUGUCCAGCUUUAUAAUGGAGAGACCCAGCAACUUAUCAUUAAAUUGGAAAAUGUUGGAAUGGAACCUUUGGAGAAACUGGAAGUCACCUCAAAAAUUCUUACUACCAAAGGUAGGUACUAUAAGCAGUUUCUCACCUGGUGCUUAAGAGAAACCCUGGCCCAGUUUCCUUUGCAACCUGGAAAGAUCGCCACUUUCACCGUCAACGUCCGUGUGAAGCUGGACUUCUCUGGCCAGGAGAACCUCCUGCAGGACCUCAGCGACGAUGGAAUCAGUGUCAGUGGCUUUCCACUGUCUAGUCCUUUUCGCCAGGUUGUCAGGUCCCGAGUGGACAGCAAACCUACAAACCCACCAGAAAGCAGCAAAGCAGGUGACUUCAGCCAUGUGAAGACUCUGGAAGCCAUCCUGAAUUUCAGAUACUCUGGAGGCCCAGGUCACAUUGAAGGAUAUUACAGGAGCCUCUCCCUGGGGCUGCAUGUUGAAGUGGAGCCAUCUGUGUUUUUCACCCGAGUCAGUACUCUCCCGGCAACCAGCACCCGACAGUGCCACCUGCUUCUGGAUGUCUUCAACUCUACAGAGCAUGAGCUGACCAUCAGCGCCCAGGGCAAUGAGGAGCUCAUCCUGCAUGCCGGCGAGUGCCAGCGAAUGGCUAUUCAAGUGGACAAGUUCAACUUUGAGAGUUUCCCAGAAUCCCCUGGGGAGAAAGGACAAUUUGCAAACUCAAAGCAGCUGGAAGAAGAGAAGCAAGAAGCACGAGGCCUGGAGAUCAACAGCAAACUGGGCAUCCGCUGGGAAAUCCCGUCCCUGCGGCGCAGAGGCGAGGCGAGUGUGGAGGGGCUCCUGAACCAGCUCGUCCUGGAGCACCUGCAGCUGGCUCCCCUGCAGUGGGAUGUGCUGGUGGACGGCCAGCUGUGCGAAUGCCAGGCGGCCACGGCCUGCCGGGUGGGCGACCCUGUGCGCCUGGAGGUGCGGCUGACCAACCGGAGCCCACGCUGUGUGGGGCCCUUCGCGCUCACCGUGGUGCCCUUCCAGGACCACCAGAACGGCGUGCACAACGACGACCUGCACAACGCCGUCUCCUUCGUGGGCUCCAGCACCUUCUACCUGCAGGCAGUGCAGCCAGCAGGUGAGUCGACCUGCCUUGGGGCCCUCCUCUUCCUCUACGCCGGCGACUUCUUCCUGCACAUCAGGUUCCACGAGGACAGUGCCAGCAAGGAGCUGCCACCCUCUUGGUUCUGUCUGCCCAGCGUACACCUGCGCGCCCAGGAGGUGCAGGCCUGAGGCCUGGGCCUGCCCAUCCCCAUGUCCAGGUCCGUUCCGGAGGGGCCCCAAGGGUGACUGGAGUGGGGACCCAGACUGUCCCCCACCCUGCUGUGGGUGGGCCAUGGCCUCUGCAGCAGCCAGACUCCUCCAGCCACCCCAGCCCAGCCCAGCCCUCUCUGCCCCUUUCUCCUGCAGCUGCUUUCCUGGGCUGCAGAAGAGCCCCCAGACAUGCAGCCCCAGCCCCACCCCUCACUGCCCCCUGCCCCUCUGCCGGAGCCCCUGGCCAACCCUGGUGGGCACAACCACCCAGCCCAGGUCCGGGGUCCCUGCACCCAUUCCCCUGGCCCGGGGCACAGCCCAGCCCUGUCUGCUCUCACCCCAGGUGAGGGGCCGGCCCUGGGGCACUAGGAAGGAAAGGCCAGCCUGAGGGUGGAGCCCACCUGGCCUGGGCAGCCCCACCCCUGCGCCUUGGCCCUGGAGGCCCCUGAGGGCCAGUUCCUUUCUCCGAGGCCAGAAGUGCUUGUGGCAGCCCAGGCGGGACGGACGGCACCAGGAGGGGCCGCCUGCCCUGGGGACCUGGCCUGAGGCGGCCGACAUCCGUCCUCUGCCAGCUCUUCUGGGCCCCCGAGCUGCCCAGCACUCUCCCACCCACCUGGGCCCCGGGCACCCCAGCCCAUGUGUUUCUGUGUUUCUGCGACAAGCUCUCCAAUAAAGGCUCACCCCCAGCCGGCC